CCUGCAGGAAGUCAUGGCGGACACCCGCGGGAAACUUCUUCGGUAAUGGCGGACACCCGCGGGAAAACUUCUUUAAAACUCCGAAUUUCUUGCUCGGCGCUACUUUGAAGUUGGCGCCAACUUCUUGACUUUUGGACAGUCUUCGUCAUUUUGGACAGUCUUCAUCAUUUUGGACAGUCUUCAUCAUUUAGGACAGUCUUCAUCAUGGAUCUUCUUGUCUAGCGGCUCCUUCUCCAAAACCACACCAGCCCGGACCGGACCUCCACCCCUUCCCUCCCGCCCACCACGCCGAACUUCCUUGCUCCAUGGCCGGCUGUGUGCGGGACGGCAGCUCGCUGUGGUUGCCGUGGAGACGGAGCCUCCUGCUGGCCGCGUGCGCGUGCGCGUGCGUGCUCGCGACGCUCGGAGCCGAGGAGGACUCCUUCAAGGCGGAGACGUGGCUGAGGAUGUACGGCUACCUGCCGCAGGCCAGCAGGCAGAAGAUGUCCACCAUGCGCUCCACGCAGAUCUUGUCGGACGCCGUCAGCGACAUGCAGCGCUUCUACGGGCUGGAGGUGACGGGCCGCAUGGACCCUCACACCAUCAGCGCCAUGAAGAGACCCCGCUGCGGCGUGCCCGACAAGUUUGGGGGCCAGAUCAAAACCAACGUGCGGCGGAAGCGCUACGCCCUGACCGGACACAAGUGGAACAAGAGCCGCCUCACGUUCAGCAUCCAGAACUACACGCCCAAGAUCGGCGAGUACAACUCCUUCGCCGCCAUCCGGCAGGCCUUCAAGGUCUGGGAGGGCGUCACCCCCUUGACCUUCGACGAGAUCCCCUACCAGGAGAUCAAAUAUGGACGCCGCAAGGAGCCCGACAUCAUGCUCUUCUUCGCCUCCGGUUUCCAUGGAGACAGCUCCCCCUUCGACGGGGAGGGGGGCUUCCUGGCCCACGCCUACUUCCCCGGACCCGGGAUGGGCGGGGACACCCACUUUGACUCCGACGAGCCCUGGACCAUCGGAAACCAAAACGUACAAGGCAACGACCUUUUCCUGGUUGCCAUCCACGAGCUGGGCCACGCCUUAGGUCUGGAACAUUCCCACAACCCUCUGGCCAUCAUGGCGCCCUUCUACCAGUGGAUGGAGACUCAGGACUUCCAGUUACCUGACGACGACCGCAGAGGCAUUCAGCAGAUCUAUGGUACACCUGACAGCAGGCCCACACAGGCCCUGCCCACUGUGACCCCGCGUCACCCAGAGCCCAGACCACCUCCCAGUCCUCCUCGUCAGCCGGAGCGACCAAGGACCACAGACAGACCAGACCACUACGGACCUGACAUCUGUGAAGGAAACUUUGACACGGUGGCCAUGCUGCGGGGAGAGAUGUUUGUCUUCAAGGGCCGCUGGUUCUGGAGGGUGCGCAGGAACCGGGUCCUGGACAACUACCCAAUGCCCAUCGGUCACUUCUGGAGAGGACUGCCCGGAGACAUCGACGCCGCCUACGAGAGACACGACGGAAGGUUCGUCUUCUUCAAAGCUCACAGGUUCUGGCUCUUCCGGGAAGCCAACCUGGAACCAGGUUACCCUCUGGAACUAAUCGAUUACGGACGCGACAUUCCUUACGACCGCAUAGACGCCGCCAUCUGGUGGGAACCCUCGGGAUACACCUACUUAUUCCAAGGAGACAGGUACUGGCGCUUCGACGAGCAGUCGCGCUCGGCCGACAGAGGCUACCCCAAAGCCAUCAGCGUGUGGGGCUCGGCUGUGCCCGCCGCCCCCAAGGGCGCCUUCCUCAGCGACGAUGGCGCCUACACCUUCUUCUACAAGGGUUCCAAGUACUGGAAGUUUGACAACCACCGCAUGAAGAGUGAGCCGGGCUACCCCAAGUCCAUCCUGCGGGACUUCAUGGGCUGCAGCGUGGACCUGGACCCAGACACCGACACCGACUCCGACACCGCCGACAAGAACCCCGACGUCAACCGGCCGCCCUUCAACCCGGACGCCGGGCGCGACGACGACAAAGACGGGACGGACGGCGGCGUGGACUCGGAUGGCGACAAAGACCAGGAUGAGUCGGAGACUGUAGAGGAGGACACUAACGAGGUGGACGUGGUGCUGAAGGUGGACGACAGCCAGGAGAGGACCAUGAACAUCCUGAUGGUGUCCAUCCCGCUGGUCCUGGUGCUGUGCAUCCUGGGCCUGGUCUACGCCAUCAUCAACACGCUGCAGAGCAAGGGGGCGCCCCGGCUGCUGGUGCACUGCAAGCGCUCGCUGCAGGACUGGGUCUAGGACUGGGUCCAGGACUGGGUCUAGGACUGGAUCCAGGAUUGGGACUAGGACUGUGUCCAAGACUGGGUCUAGGACUGGGUCCAGGACUGGGUCUAUGACUGGAUCCAGGAUUGGGGCUAGGACUGGGUCCAAGACUGGACCUAGGAUUGGGAUUAAGACUGGGUAUAAGACUGGGCCUAAGACUGGGUCCAAGUUUGGGCCUAGGACUGGGUCUAAGACUGGGUGUAGGACUAGGUCCAAGACUGGCCAAGACUGGGUCUAGGACUGGGUCCAGGACUGGGUCUAGGACUGGGUCCAGGACUGGGUUUAGGACUGGGCCUAGGACUGGAUCCAGUAUUGGGUCUAGGACUGGGUCUAAGACUGGGUCUAGGCCUGGGUCCAGGACUGGGCCUAGGACUGUGUCCAAGACUGGGUCUAAGACUGGGUCUAGGACUGGGUCUAGGACUGGAUCCAGUUUUGGGGCUAGGACUGGGUCCAAGACUGGACCUAGUAUUGGGAUUAAGACUGGGUAUAAGACUGGGCCUAAGACUGGGUCCAGGUUUGGGCAUAGGACUGGGUCUAAGACUGGGUGUAGGACUAGGUCCAAGACUGACCAAGACUGGGUCUAAGACUGGGUCCAGGACUGGGUCUAGGACUGGGUCCAGGACUGGGUUUAGGACUAGGCCUAGGACUGGAUCCAGUAUUGGGUCUAGGACCGGGUCUAAGACUGGGUCUAGGACUGGGUCAAGGACUGUGUCCAGGACUGAGUCUAGGACUGGGACCAGGACUGAGUCUAGGACUGGGUCUAGGACUGGGUCCAGGACUGCGACCAGGACUGGGUCUAGGACUGGGUCCAGGACUGCGACCAGGACUGGGUUCUAGGACUUGAUCCAGGAUUGGGUCUAGGACUGGGUCCAGGACUGGGUCUAGGACUGUAUCCAGAAUUGGGGCUAGGACUGGGUCCAAGACUGGGUCUAGGAUUGGGAUUAAGAAUGGGUUUAAGACUGGGCCUAAAACUGGGUCCAAGACUGAGCCUAGGACUGGGGCUAAGACUGGGUCCAAGACUGGGUCUUGGACUAGGUCUUAGACUGGGUCUUGGACUAGGUCUUGGACUGGGUCCAAAGCUGAGUCCAAGACUGGACCAAGGACUAGGUCCACGACUGGACCAAGGACUAGGCCUAAGACUGGGCCUUGGACUGGGUCUAGAACUAAAACUAAGACUGGGUCUAGAACUGAGUCUAAACCCCGUCUGGAAGACCCCCAAAGAUCCCCCCCCCCCCACUGGAGUUAUUUAAACCCACUUUGCACAUUCUCUUCUCCACUUUGUUGAUUCAUAAACAGGAAGUCGGUGCUCCUCCUUCCUGCUCAGCUGACGUCGUCAUGGAAACAGUCAUGUGACCGCCUCACCUUCUUGCGAGAACAACAAGUUGUUGCAAUAAAAGUUCAGCUGGUCUUCUUUCUUCAAAACUUCCAACCAUGGAUCUGAGGAGGACUUGACAAACAGGAAGUGCGACGUAGCGGUUCACGUAGUGGUUCAUGUAGCAGUUCAUGUAGUGGUUCAGGUCGGCUGGUCUAGAAGACUCAUGGGAACUCGGGUCAUGAAAAGCCAGCAGGCGCACUUUUGCUGACCCGCACUCACCCUAAACCACUUUGCAUCCGACAGGAAGUCCUCGCUCUUAUUUUGGCGGUCAGACGUCUUUGUGUUAAAGACAUUGUCUGUUCCAGGGUCAAACAUGUCCUCACUUGGUACAAAGAGUCCACAAGGUGUGCUAACAAAAACCAAAGAAAACUUGAAUGGUGUCAGUGUGAGGACCUCAGUGGUACUACAAGACUCUUCUUCUUUCACAUGUGACCCACAUGGUCCUGAUACUGGUCCUGGUGCUGGUCCUGGUGCUGGUCCAGCACAUGACUGCACAGGAAACCUGAGCUUUCUUUUUGUGUCGCCCCUCCCCCUUUGAAAAGGGGGAGGGGCGACACAAGAAGGAAGGAAGGAGGGAGGGAGGGAGGGAGAGCAGUCGUCAGGAAAGUGUCAUGUGACUGCCUUUCACCUCAAACAUCACCCAAUUUAAUCAGCACUAAAAGCCCCCCAUGACCUCAUGACCCCAUGACCCCAUGACCUCAUCUCCUCCUCCUGCACGUCAGACACGAGCAGUGGAUGUCAGCACAUCAUAUCAUCUUCAUCACAUUCAUGACAAUGUUGUUAUUAAUGAUUGUAAUUACAAUAAUGUCAUUAGUGUUAUUAAUGACAAUAGUGACAUUAAUAACAAUAAUAACAAUAUUGUUAUUAACAACAAUGACUUUAUUGUUAAUAGUAACAAUAAGGCCAUUAGUAAUAAAUGUGAUAUUGUUGACAUUAAUAACAACAAAAACAAAGCACUUCCUGUUGAAGGCAGCGAGGAUUACGGGUCAAAGGUCACGUGUGAGGGAGGUGUCCUCACUGCUGAACCAACAAAGAAGAGAAACCACCUCAACAUUGUUGCUUCUUCCUUUUGUUUUGUCCCACUACUUCCUUUUGUUUUGUCCCACUACUUCCUUUUGUUUUGUCCCACUACUUCCUCUUAUUUUGUCCCACUACUUCCUUUUGUUUUGUCCCACCACUUCCUUUUGUUUUGUUCCACUACUUCCUCUUGUUUUGUCCCACUACUUCCUUUUGUUUUGUCCCACUACUUCCUUGUGUUUUGUUCCACUACUUCCUCUUGUUUUGUCCCACUACUUUCUUUUGUUUUGUCCCACUACUUCCUUUUGUUUUGUCCCACUACUUCCUGGUGUCCCACUACUUCCUUUUGUUUUGUCCCACGACUUCCUCUUGUUCACUUCCUCUUGUUUUGUCCCACUACUUCCUUUUGUUUUGUCCCACUACUUCCUCUUGUUUACUUCCUCUUGUUUUGUUCCACUACUUCAUUUUGUUUUGUUCCACUACUUUAUUUUUUUUAGUUCCAUUUAGAGAUGUCCAAUAAUAUCGGCCGAUAAAUGCGUUAAAAUGUAAUAUCGGAACUUAUCGGUAUCGUUUUUUUUAUUAUUGGUAUCGUUUUUUUUUGGUUUUUUUAAUUUAUUUUAAUUAAAUCAACAUAAAGUCUACAGUCUGCAAGGGAUACAGUCCGUAAGCACACAUGAUUGUGCGUGCUGCUGCUCCACUAAUAGUACUAACCUUUAACACUUCAUUUGACUCAUUUUCAUUCAUUACUAGUUUCUAUGUAACUGUUUUUAUAUUGUUUUACUUUCUUUUUUAUUCAAGAAUUUUUUUUUAAUUUAUUUAUCUUAUCUUAUUUUUUAUU